CUUCAUCUCUGAUUUCAUUCUCCUCACUUCCAAGAUGAUGAUUAUGGGUGGAAGGUUCCUUCAACUUGUCUAUGCACUCCUGAUUUUACUGCAUAUGCAAACUUCCGUUGGAUUCAAUUCAACAACUGGUGGUGAGAAUGAAAUUAGGUGCAUAGAGAGCGAAAGACAAGCGCUCCUCGCAUUUAAGCAAAGUCUAGUUGAUGAAUAUGGCAGUCUUUCUUCAUGGGGCAGUGAAGAAGAGAAAAAAGAGUGUUGCAAAUGGGAAGGAGUUGAAUGUAGUAACAUAACUGGGCAUGUCAUUGUGCUUACACUUUCUGUGGUAAGAGGUAAUCUUAAUCCUUCCCUCUUUAAGUUGCAGCAUUUAACUUUUUUAGACUUUAGUUGGAAUGAUUUCAACUUAAGUCAUAUUCCAGAGUCAAUCGGUUCACUCAACAAAUUACAACAUCUUAAUCUCCGACAUUGUAAUUUAAGUGGAUCUAUUCCAAAUCAGCUUGCAAACCUCACAAGUUUGCAACAUCUUGAUCUUAGCCAUAACAAUUUCAACAUCAAAAAUCUUGAGUGGCUCUCUCCUCUUUCUUACUUGCAAUUCCUUGAUAUGAGUGAAAUCGACCUUAGUAAGGUCAAUAAUUACUUGCCAGAGGUAAUUAAUAAGCUCCCUCAUCUAACCAUCUUGUAUCUAUAUGCAUGUAAUCUCCCAUAUAUCCUUCCUCAAUCUAUCCCCAUGAUCAAUACAUCUACUUCUCUCGCUACCCUUGACCUCAGCUUUAAUAAUCUGAGUGCUUCCACAUCUCAAUGGUUGUCCAAAUUCAAUAAGAGCCUUGUUAGUCUCUACUUGUCUGAUAAUUCCUUUCAAGGUUUGAUUCCAGAAAAUCUCGGUCACAUGACUUAUCUAGAAACCCUAGAUCUCUCUGGCAACCAAUUUGGAGGGAUUCCAAAAUCCUUUGGGAACCUGUGCAAAUUAAGGUACCUAGCCCUAUCUCAUAACAAUCUUGUUGGAAUGCUUCCUGAACUUAUUAGUAACUUAUCUGGUUGUCUACAACUCUCCUUGGAAGAACUGAUUUUGGGUGAAAAUAAAAUCAAGGGACCCUUGCCUGAUAUGAUAAAAAACUUCAUGUCAUUGAGACAGUUGGAUUUUGACAACAAUCAACUAAACGGUUCUCUGCCCAAAAGUAUUGGACUCUUGUCAAAGCUUGAGUGCCGUGAUUGGAUUCCUCCAUUCCAGUUGGAUGAUAUAAAACUUGUGUUGUGCAAGUUAGGCCCCAAGUUUCCAAGAUGGUUAAAGACCCAAAUAAACUUUUCUUAUCUUGAUAUCUCUGGAACUGGGAUUUCAGAUAACAUCCCAAAGUGGUUUUGGAACCUAUCCUCUUGGGCAUUUCAUGUGAAUCUUUCUUCCAAUGAUCUCUAUGGAGUUUUGCCAAAUUUGUCAACUACAAAAUUUGCUGAUUCUUUUGGCCUUGAGAUAGAUUUGAGUAAAAAUAAGUUGGAGGGUCCAUUACCAAUAUUCCCUGUUAAUAUCACAUUGAUAAACCUGUCAGAAAAUAGUUUUUCUGGGUCAAUUUCUUCUCUCUGUACUAUAACUAGUGGGAACCUGGUGUUCCUUGAUGUUUCGCACAAUCAACUAUCUAAAAAGCUUCCUCGUUGCAUGACGCGAUGGACAAGUCUAGUGGUUCUGAAUUUGGCUAAUAAUCAUUUAUUUGGGAAAAUUCCAAGCUCUAUUGGAUCUUUGUCUUGCCUUGAAUCGUUAGGUUUGCAAAACAACAAUUUCUCAGGGGAAAUACCUUGGGCUCUAGGAAGUUGCAGUGCGUUGCAAUUUUUGGGCUUGAAUUAUAAUAGCUUCUCUGGAAUGAUACCAACUUGGAUAGGAGAAAGGCUAAGUUCACUGACUUUCCUUCUUUUGAGAUCCAAUAAUUUCAGUGGAGACAUCCCCUUACAGCUAUGCUGGUUGACAAAUAUUAUGCUGCUAGACCUCUCCAACAACAAUCUAUCUAGAAGCAUACCAUGGUGCAUCCAUAACCUAACUGCAUUAGCUCAAAAGGAGAAUUCAGCCCGCGAUCAUAGUUUUCCAAUACGUAUUGAUGCUGAUCCCAAGAACAAUGGAAGAUAUGCUGACAAAGCAUCUGUAAUGUGGAAAGGUAUGGAGCGUGAUUAUGGGAAUGGAAAUCUCAAGAAUCUGAGGAUCAUUGAUCUUUCAAGCAACAAAUUAACAGGAGAGAUUCCUGUCCAGAUAUCGGUUCUCUUUGAACUGGUUCAAUUGAACUUAUCAAGAAAUCAGUUGGCAGGAAGGAUUCCUUCAGAUAUUGGGCAAAUGAGACAGUUAGAAUCACUCGAUCUGUCACAGAACCAGCUUUCAGGUCAUCUUCCUGGGAGCAUGUCCCAAUUAAAUUUCCUCAGCACUUUGAAUCUGUCAUACAACAACUUUUCAGGGAGAAUCCCAUUAUCAACCCAAAUGCAGUCCUUUAAUGCUUCUGCAUUUGUUGGUAAUCCUUCACUCUGCGGACUUCCUCUUACACCAACUUGCCCGGGAGAUGAAAAAUCAGGGAGCGAACCAACAGAUAGUGGUGGCAAAGACAAUCAAGAAGACAGUUCUGAAUUCUGGAAAUCAUUUAAACCGGGAAUGGAACUUGGAGCGGCAAUUGGAUUUGUGGGAGUUCUGGCUGUGAAGUUAGAUCAUCCAUGGAAACAUCUUUGUUUCCUAUUGUUCAACAACAUGAGGGUCCGACUCAACAACUUGAAGGACUGCCUUUAUUUACUUGGAACAGCAGUUGGUUUGGUGGUGAGAGAGCAUGUAUCUAGAUUAGGAAGAAAGUUGAAGUUGUUUGAGCCAUCAGUCUCUUCCUAGGGGCCGGAAAUGGUUCAAGUUGUUUCAUGUUGCACGGAUGUCUUCUCCUCUUUCCACGUCAAUAAGUCCAAGCUGAGCAGGGCAUUGUUUCUUACUUAAUUUUUCAGUGUGUUUGGUUGAAAGUCCUGUUUAAAUUAAAUGGUUUGUGCUUUU